CACCAACAUCACGUUGGUAUGAGGGAUCAAAGCAACCAAACAUCUGUAAAUCAUCUGUUUGACUUUCGUAAUCAUUUUAGUAUUUUUGUACCGAAAUCAACAAAAUUGUUUUGUGAGUCCAAUUUCAAAUGGCGUUUUCCACUCAGAGAGCGUUUCUAAAUGCUCCGUAUCGCAACGAAGAGCCCCCAUUACCGGACGGAAAACGUAGCGACUGCCAGUUGAAAUCUUACGAGUCGUGCACCGACGUUAGGGCAUGGUCUUUGGACCCGGCCAUCACAUCCAAAUUCUUGAUAGACGUUGCCCGUAAAUCACGCUAUCAGAGAAAACUGCCUCGGCCUAGUGGCGACUAUCAGUUGACAAGGGCGUAUCUGCAACAUUUAUCAACCGGAGAGCUGGUCGACUACGUAAUGAGUAUCAUGCUAGAACUGAAGCACAUCAAAUCCAAAGUACAGCGAAUCGAACUAGAACGCAACGAUCUCGGCGAACAGCUGAUGUCGGUUCAGCAGAUGGCCGAAGCGUGUGAACAGGAGAAGGAAGAACUGAUCCUGGUUCAGCAGCGAUCGGCUCUGUUCGAUCCAGAUCAGAUGGACCAGGAGAUGAUCGAUUUACGAGACAUGAUCUUGGCGCUGAAGGAGAAAGCCGACAAGUACGAUUGCUUGGAAAAAGAGAACAAGUGUAUGAAGAAGAAGCUGGAAGAGUUCUGCGGGGAGAAGAGCAAACCGAAGUCGAGUUUCGAUGAAGGCGCGUGCGGCGAUUCUAUUCCGAUGACGUGCGAGAAGAUGAAAGCUGAGCUCCGGCUCUACAAGCAGCAUUACGAGCAGUUGAAGGUAGAGAAGCGAGCGCUGAUGGAACAAGUUCAGCUGCUGAAAUUGAGGGAUUGCAAAUAUUGGGAGAUGAAAAAUCGGUUGACCGAAGAAGAGAGCAAGCGAGGCUGCUUGCAGAACAAAAUAGAUGACUUGUUGUGUGAACGUGACUGCCAAGUGAUGGAACUGAACAGAAAAGAAGAAUAUAUAGCGUUAUGCAAUAGACGGUUGGAAAAGAUGGAGUCUGGCACAAGACGGCCUUCAACUGCACCCGCGGGACAGAGACCCGCUCAGCGGCAGAGUCUUCGGAGGGUUUCGAGACGGUCAACGAUGCAAGAAGGGCCUGGUAGGAAUGAUAGUUUUGAGGAGUGCUUUUAACAUUAAUCGAAUGGGAACUAUUCAGUGAAUGGAAAUACAGUCAACUUUUGUAAAACGA